AUGAAAAGCACAGUGUUCCAUAAAAUUAUAAAACGAGACAAGGGGAUUUUCCACGGUCGAAAUUUUUCCAUAUCCACAGACUCAGUGACGUGGAUUCACGUGUAUUCCCUUUUUAUUACUCCCGAGGGCCAGUUAUUCUCGUCGGAGGAAAAUGAAAACCACUACCUCCUUCUUCAGUCUUUGCAAUCGUGCCACGUUCAGGUGUUCCCCAACAUGUCGUCGGCUUCCACGACGAGCCAGCUUCCCACUCUUCAUCGUCUCAAGAAGGGAGCUGCUUCUCCAGCCAGUGGAACCAGCGCUGAUGACCCACCGGUGAUUUUCAUCAAAACAUUUGACAACGAAAAACUUUAUAUCAAAGUCACUUCCAAGACAUACUUCACCAACUUGAUUGCCGCCUUGAUGGUCUGGCAAUUUAUGAAACCCCAGGGUCUUGUGAAGAAAUGGUACUGGGAAAGUGGUUCGCAACAGGUGGUGGAAGAGAGUAGAUCUCACCUGCAAUCUAUAUCCGUUUUGGUGUGUCGCUGUAAAGUAUACGGCCCCAUUCCAUCCAGAAAUAAGAAUAUCACCAUUGUCAAUGGUCCAAAAGCUCCAAUGUUCAACCCUAAUAGUCUGUUUGAGCACCUGGACUCGCUGCUCGCUCAAUUGCAAAACCAACAUGGAGGCACGGACAAUGUUAGCGAGGGAUGGUUCUACGCCAUGGGUGUGCUCAAAUCAGACGGCAUUCUCAACUUUAUCACCGAACUUGACGGCACCCUCCUCUACUCCGUGGACAUGACCACCAUUUUCUCGUCCGAAAUCCGCCAAGUUCAUCACUCAAUCUUCGACAAUUCCAAUACUCUUUUUCUUGGCCAGCUCAGAAUGCUUCGGUUGAACAACACCAUCAAAACCGUUUCUCCCUCAGACCAACUACUUCCUCCAUUCUUAACAAAAGACGGUAAGCCCACUCCGAAUAACGGCCGCUUGAUGAUCCAGUUUCCACUCCAUAUUGAUCUAGAAGAUUGGUUUGUUGGAUUAAACUACUUUGCUCGCCGUGAAUAUAUCGGCUCGUUUAGCCCCAAAAUCAAAUCCAAUCAGAAACCCAACUCGCCCGACAUUCAAAGUGAAGAAGAUGUGAGCGGUAUCCAAGAUACCACCAUCGAUGAGUCAUUUGCUAGUACUAUGACUGGAAGCGAGACGCUAAAGACCAAAACGAGUCUACUGGAGUAUAAAAGAGAAAGCUUUCGAGUUACCAAGAAACUCAAAAUCGACCUCAUUGAAGCAAAGUUUGACAAAGAUCUACCAGGCGAGGGAGGUAUUUACGCAGAAGUUUACAUGUGGGGAUACCCGUGGUCGAGAACAGCUCCAGUGAAACAUGCUAAUAAUCCAUUCUGGAAGGAAGAAUUUUCCACUGACUUGCCAAUACUGACUCAGAUAGUACACAUAUUGAUCAAGAAAGGUACUCUGGCCAAAAGGUAUAGUCCCAACGAUGAAUUGGUGGGAACGGUUUACUUAACGCCAGAUAUAUUAAAUAAGCAGGGCCGGCCAAAUUCUACAUUAAUUCAAGAUGCAAAUGGAACCAAAAUACGUGGCCAUGAUACCUCAGAGGCACCGCUCAACAGCAUUACCAACGACAUCGUUCGGCUCUCCAUUUACGACCUGUCCAACAUUGUGAUUGGAAAACUUGUUCUUACCGCCAAUCUUAAAGAGUUCCAUAUAUUGAGCCCAACUCACUUCAAAUCUUUUGAGAAUAUGUUGGCCCACGCUCCAAUGAAAGAUCUCAUCAAGUACUGCAAUGAUACCAUACCCACAUCCGAGAUAGAGAGCGUAAGUAUGCUUCUCUUGGAUGUCUUCCAAACGCUAGGCGUCGAAGACGACUGGUUCAAAGCAUUGAUGGAAAUGGAACUUGUCAAUGUUGAUAUGGCUACCCGUAAGAAUUACGCUAAAAAAUCCGGCUCAAAAAGCUCGUCAAACAACGUAUUCAACACCCUUUUCCGUGGCUCAUCAAUUUUCUCCAAAUCGCUAGAGAACUACAAUUUGCGAAUAGGGCAAGAGUAUUUGGAAAAAGUUUUUGGUGAUUUUUUCUCUAAAAUUUCCACAGACAAAAAGAACUGUGAAGUGGAUCCACGGUAUGUUAGAGCUGCUAUUGUGGCUGCAAGAAAGGGCGAUGCUGGUUCGGAUUAUGACGACUCUGACGACUACGAUAGCGAUGAAGAAAAGGAGACUGAUGAUGCGGUUCGCAAGCAGGUGGAUUCCAACUUUCAAAACUUGCUAGGAUAUUGCGAAGAGAUAUGGGACAAGAUCUGCAAAACAAGUAAAGACUUACCAGAACAGAUUAAGAAGCAACUCAAGAACUUUAGGACCAAGGUAGAGUUGGCAUGUGACCCUGAGGAUAAAGUCACUGCUUUGAACUGUUUGAGUGCGUUUAUAUUCUUGAGGUUUUUUUGUCCUGCAAUUCUCAAUCCAAAGUUGUUCUAUCUUACUAAGGAUCACCAGACUGGAGACUCGCAAAGAACUCUCACUCUUCUUGCAAAGGUGUUGUUAAAUUUGGCCAAUCGACAAGAAUUUUCACCUCACAAAGAGCCACAUUUGGUUCGUAUGAAUGAAUUUUUGAAACGACAAGAAGAAAAUCUUUUUGACUAUUACGACAAAAUAACGGGCCGGAAGAAUGACUUCAACGAGAAGAUAUUGGAGCUCUCUCAUGAUAUGAAGAGGUUCGACCUCGGUCUCUCAGAUACCUCCACGUCGCUGGAGCUUCCUACCAACCCUUACUUGAUCGACAAGUAUCAUCGGCUAACAGAAUUGGUACAGUUGCUCGACUUGGGUAAGUACACUGCCAAUGGACAUGAUAGUGUUACGGGCUCAAUUGCAACCUCGGGCACACCUUCGGUUUCGCAGCUGCCUCGAGGACCCAGUCCGUACCGACAAAGUAAAGAUUCUUAUGAUCUUGGAGGUGGUUCUGGUGAAAUACAACUAAACGGUCAGCGGAAUGUUUACCAAAUUGGAUCGUUGGAAUUUGAAAAAUCCGAGUUUCUUGAUCUUGCUGGCGACGACGAAACGGAAGGUUUUAUCAAAUCGUUGUGCCGCAGCAACGAGGAUAUCUUCUCGUUCAUUGCCAGCAGUAUCACAUUGAAAGACUUGCAAAAGCGAAGCUACACUCUUUGCAAUACUAUCAACGACUUGGAGCAAUUCUUGGAAACCCAAGAGGUACCGUCUAAUUAUCAAGGUGACAGCCAAAUGUGGGAGGCUCUAACUAACGAGAUCAUGUCACACACCUACUUGGACAUCAACCGCAACGCAAUUGUAUUUAUACAAGGUGGAGUUUUCGUGCCGUCCAGCUACAAGAGUUUCAUCUACAAAGCCCUCAGCUAUCUCAAAUUGCGAUUUCCUGAAAAUGACGUCGCAAAUAUCGCAACAUCUUCCAGCAAUACGUCUUUGUCCAGCGCCUACAAGCCGGAGAAAAAGAACAUCUUCAAGCGGAUUUUGAAGAAAACAUAG